AUGGAGCAGUGCAAAGAGAGGAAGUUUGUGUGCAAGUUCUGUAGCAAGAGGUUCGCUUGUGGGAAAUCACUCGGAGGUCACAUCAGAACUCACAUGAACAACGAGAACUCAGCUGAUUCAGACGAGGAAGAGCACAGUAAGCUCAAGAUCGACGAGAACGGCGGCCAAUCUAGUUACGGUCUGAGAGAGAAUCCUAAAAAGAACAAGAGGUUCGUUGAUCAGAGAGAGAUGAUGGCUCUGAAACAUCAGCAGCAGCAACAGCAACAUCAACAUCAACAUCAACAUCAUCAGCAACAGCAACAGCAGCUUCUCUGUUGCAGAGAAUGUGGUAAAGGCUUCGUCUCUUCUAAAGCUCUCUGUGGUCACAUGGCUUCUCACUCUGAGAGAGAGAAGAUUGUGAUGGACAGUCAAUCUGACACUGAAGCUUCUUCUUCUCCUAUCAGAAGAAGAUCCAAGAGAGUUGUCAAGCACCACCACCACCACCACAACAGAGCUGCUUUUGUAGUUGGUGGUGGUGAGACUCUCAUGGAUCAAUCAAACUCAGCAUCUUCUGAUGCUUCUGAGAUUGAGCCGGAGCAGGAGGAAAUGGCAUUGUCUCUGAUGAUGCUCUCUAGGGACUCGUCAAGUUUCAAGAAAGGUCAUAACUUGGUGGUGAGCUCUCUGGCUGAGUCAUCUGACAACAACUCUGUGAUUCUUGAGACCAAGUCCUCUUCAGGUGAACAGCUAAAGAUCUUCAACGUUGAAGAGUUUUGUGAGAAGAACAAACUUGGAGGAGGAGUGGAGGAUAAUGAUGAUUCAGAUAACUCUGAUUCUGGCUACUUCAGGAACGGACCAAAGAAGUUGGACUCGGAUGUCUCUGUUGAUGGGUUCCUAAGGAACAACAACAACAAGGCUGUGAUGAGGUCUGGAUUCAACAGCUCUCCACAGGACAAGAACUUGAACAGAUUCAGGAAGGAAUGGUCAGGGUCAGGGUCAGGAUCAGGGUCAGGUCGUUCUUCAACGAAGUAUGAUCUUAGGAAAAGCAAGAGAGGGUUUGCUUCUCACGGUCGGAAGAAGAUCAAGUACGAGUUCACUGAGUCUGUUUAUGAUAGUGGUGAGCAUAGCUUGGAGACUGAUUCUUGUGCGGACACAAACCGGAGUGUCAAGAUUCAUAGUAAAUCAUCACCGGUGGUUAAGAAAGCAAGUGGUGGUGUGAAGAAGAAGAGCAAAGGUCACGAGUGUCCGAUAUGUUUCAGGGUGUUUAAGUCAGGACAGGCUUUGGGUGGUCACAAGAGGUCACAUUUCACUGGGAAUCAAGAACACAGGACUUUGGUGAUACAACAACACCACCACCACCACCAAGUUGCUCAUGAUCAGAUGCAUACACUCAUCGAUCUCAAUCUUCCUGCUCCUAUUGAUGAAUGA